AUGGAGAAGCCGCCUCUGUCGCCCAACUCCCAGCAGGCCCUGACGGAUAAUGUGUCCAUUCCUUCUCCAGGGUCGGUCCCCGUCCAGGUGGACUUUCAACAACUGCCAGAGCAGUCUUUCAAAAACCAGAAACGCAACCUGUUCGAGAGGUCCAUGGUGCACCCCAGAGCCUGUGUGCCUACACGGAUCUCCAGAGACGUUCCAACGAUCGUCUUAUGCACACCAGAGGAUUCAGAAGUACUGUUGGAGAGUUCCAUGGGGCCUCCCAAAGAAGAGCUGCCUUCCUUCAUCUCUGAGGACGUCCCGACGGUUGUCCUGAAAACCCCAGAGGGCAUGAGAAGAAUCAGCGACAGAGACUUGUCCGAGGGUCUGUCCAUGACUCUAGGCCUGAUAGAGGCUUUGACGAUUGAGAUGUUCAGGGGAAAGGAGCUUUACGCCUGGGAGGAGAUCCAGCUUUCUGAACAGCAGGCAAAGAAAACGGAGAAGAGAAUGAGUAAGACCAUUGGCGUGAUUGUGAAGGACCUCAAACAGGAUUAUGGCACGGCGCAGAAAAUGCUGGAAAGUGCUUUGGACGUAAAAGACCGGACUUUUGACAAGACGGUUCUGAAGUCUCUGCAGUACCACCUCCAGCACAACCUGCGGAAGAACAGGUCUUUCCUGAGCCAUUCCUGUCAGUUCCAUCCUGGAGUUCCCAUUUUCCACGACGCUCUGAAGGGAUGGUCCUGCUGCAGGAAACGCACCACAGACUUCUCUGAGUUUCUCUCCAUCAAGGGCUGCACUAGGGGGCGCCACAGUGAUCAAAAACCUCAGGAGCCGCUGCAGCCCGAGGUCAGCUCCGAGAAAACACACGAGAAAGUCCUGAACGGCACCGAGAUCAUCUACCAGGGCCCGAAGAGUGCAGAGGCCCUGCAGAGAGAGAGACCCAGUCCGGACGAGCCCAGACUGAAGCUUCCGCACAAAACCUCUGCGUCUCUGGAGCAGGUUCUGCAGAAGAUGGAGCUGAACGAGAGGAAGGACCAGGAGCAGAGAGAGAGUCAGGGGGUGUUGCCGGGAACUCGCUGCAAAAACGCAGGAUGUAAAACAUCGUUUCAAAACUCGGACACGGACAAAGAGACGUGCACGUUUCACCCUGGGGGGCCGGUGUUCCACGAGGGAUACAAAUACUGGAGCUGCUGUUGUAUCAAGACCUUGGACUUUAAUGAGUUCCUGGAUCAGAAGGGCUGCAGCACCGGGAAGCACUGCUGGAUCCGCAAACAGGACAAGAAGAAGGUUUCGUGUCGACACGACUGGCACCAGACGUCCACCUCGGUCGUCGUGACGAUUUACGCCAAAAAUGCAAAUCCAGAAAACAGCACCAUCGAGGCCAACGGCACCGUGCUCUACUGUCUAAUCCAGUUUGAAAACAACAAGAUUUUCAAGAGAGAGUUUCACCUGUGGGGGGUGGCGGACGUGAAGCAGAGUGGAGUGAACUAUGUCCCGUCCAAAGUGGAGGUGGUGCUGAGGAAGGCUGACCCCGGCUCCUGGGGGAAACUGGAAGACCCCAACUACAAACCCGAGCCCGAGCCGGAGGACCUGGAGCUGAACCUGCCGCAGACCAACCCGGACCACGACAUCGACGAUGACGACAUCAGCGACUCGGACGAAGAGUGGGGCUCGGGCAGUAAAGAGCCCAGCACGGCCCCACAGGAGCCCGCGGUGAAGGACGAGCAGCAGGACCUCAGGGAGAAGCUGGAGGAGAUGCAGAAGGCGCAGAUGGCUCAGGUCCAGGCCGACAUGAAGAAGGCCAUGGAGAAACGCAAGAAGGAAGAGGAGGAGCGGCAGAAACUGAGGGAGCAGAACGCAGAGGAGGGCUACGACGACAUGCCAGACCUGGAGGACUGA